AGGUAUUUCUGGAUAUGUAAGCGCUGAUAUGUUGUGUGCGUGGUUUCGAGUUAUUGCCACGACACAGCUGCUGAGGUAACAAUGUCCCACAGCGGUGGACGAUUUGAUUUUGACGACGGUGGUACCUACUGUGGUGGGUGGGAAGGUGGGAAGGCUCACGGUCAAGGUAUCUGUACUGGGCCCAAAGGACAGGGCGAAUAUGCGGGGUCGUGGAACCAUGGCUUUGAAGUGCUUGGCGUUUAUACGUGGCCGAGCGGAAACACGUACGAAGGCAACUGGUCCAUGGGGAAGCGGCAUAACCUCGGCGUUGAGACGAAGGGAAAGUGGCAAUAUGCAGGGGAAUGGACGCACGGGUUCAAAGGGCGGUAUGGUGUACGUUGCUGCACGACUGGACGAGCCAAAUAUGAAGGGACUUGGAAUAAUGGCUUGCAGGAUGGCUAUGGUACAGAAACCUAUGCUGACGGAGGGACAUACCACGGACAAUGGGUUGGGGGUAUGCGGCAAGGGUCCGGUGUUCGACAAAGCAUGCCUUAUGGAAUGGCCACAGUGUCGAAGAACUCACUCCGUACCUCUAUGACCUCAUUAAGAAGUGAACACAGCAACUGGACAGCUCCGAACAGCGACAUAAGUUCCGAUGCUCCUGUUGGAUCAAGAGGAGGCUUUGUCCUCACUCGACAAGCUCCUCCAAUGCCACCAUCCGCACAACUGAAGAAGAAGAGGUUUUUUAAAGGAAGCACGAGCAGUUUAAGAUCCUCCAUAAUGUCUGGGUUGAAAAUGCGUUCAAAGUCGAGCACUUCUAUAUCAAGUGGAACAAGCAGGGCAUCAGUUAGGAGUAAUAAGUCUUACAGAAGUGUAAUGACAACUGACACCCUGGGAAGCAAUGCAAGUGACUACUCCAUGUACACCGCUGAUGUUGAUGAGCGAUCCCAACUUGCCCCAAUAGAAGAUGACAUUGACAUGAACACAUCAGAAGCUUAUUAUGGGGAAUGGAAGAAUGAUAGUAGGACAGGAAGUGGUGUUUGUGAACGAACUGACGGUUUUAUGUACGAGGGUGAGUGGGACGCCAACCAGAGACAUGGAUAUGGUUGUACCACCUUUCCCGAUGGCACAACAGAAGAAGGGAAGUAUCGCUACAAUGUUAUCAUCAGUCCUGCGCGGAAAAAGAAUCUUCUUCCGAUUAAAGCAAACAAGAUCAAAACCAAAGUUCAGCAAGCUGUUGAAAAAGCUAGAAAAGCAAAGGAAACAGCAAAACAGAAAGCAGAUAUUGUUGUGUCAAGAACUGCUCACAGCAUUGCGAAAUCCAACCAAGCUGAAGGUGUUGCACAUAAUGCGAAGGAAGAAGCAAAAAUAGCUCGCUGUGUCUCACGUGAUUUGGCUCCGGACUUUGUCCAACCAGGUGUAGAAUACAUGAAAGUAAAAGGAGAAGAUCCAUUUAAAGACAUGGAGAAUGCUGAUUCCCUUUAUAUGGGUGAGAGUGAACGAUCUGAUGUUGCUGGACCUGAAAGUUACCACCAAUUCAGUGAUAAGAAAAACAACGGUUUGAUGGUUUCACCGGUUGCUAGUCGCUCUGGAAGUAUUGACGCAAAUGCAAUGAAUAUUCUGGAAGCAAACAAACAAACCUUGCAAAACCAUAUGAACAAUUCAACCAAAGAAAAGCUGAACUCAGUUAACCCCAACACACAGAAAGCUUUAGAAAGAUCCAUUAAGGAAGUUGCCGUAAAACGUGAAGAGGUACCAAAGAUGCAAUACCUCUCUCCCGACAGUGCAAUGAAUGCAAUGUACGAACCACCACACUCAAAGGAGGCAAACCACACUGCUGAGAAUAAAAGCAUUGCUCCUUCUGAUACACACACAAGGAUUCCACGAUCUGCAAGCUCUGAGAAAAUGGCAAGAACACCAAAACACAGUUUCUUCAAGUCUCUAAAAAAGCGUCCCAAAAAAUCUGCCUCUAUCGAUAUCAAAGACACUGUUGAAAGUCCUCCUAAAAUUGAAGUAGAAGAACACACAGAACAACCAUCACAGCCAAGUGCAGAAGAAAAACGAAAACAAUGGACGAAAGCAUAUUCUGUACCAGAUCGUGCAAUGAACGGUCGAAUAGAAGUUGAUUCUUUUGAUUAUCAAACUCAUCAGACUGAGUAUCUGACUGGUUACGAGUCAGAAAUGACGCAUACAAAAAGAGAACCAAGGCAGUAUGACUACAUGGAGCCUAACGAGUAUGAACAAGCCGAAGAAUACAUUAACCCUGUGUCAAGUAGUGCUCAAGAAAGUGGGAUUUAUUCCUACCAAGAAAAUCAUGAAAAUGAUAGAAAUCAUUCUCGAGGUUACUCUGGGUCAAUGACCCACAGUAGAGGUUAUUCAAGUUCAAAUGAUAGAGGUUAUCAAGAUACUUAUCCAAGAAGCGAUAACCAACUUAGCCCUGCACAAACUAAUUCACUAAGAAUGACAGCACUUCGACCGAGUGAAAAGAAAAAUGCUUGGGUUGAAGCACCCGCACCAGUGACACCGGCAUUCGCAAAUUACCUGCCACCGUCUGGCGCUGCUGCUCCUGGUGAAAACCAUAAAGACAGAAGUAAUCACAAUAAUCCAAUGCAUGAUGAACAUUCAUAUGAUGAUGACAUAAAUGAUGUUUAUGCCGUUGAUAACUCAAGAUCUGCUCUCCCAAGUACACUAAGAAAAAGGAACAAUAGAGAUGUUGAAGUAAAAGUGGAAACCAUUCAACAAUCAAAUAACGGCGAAAGUGAAACGACAAAGACGUAUAUGAUUAUCCUUGUAGUGCUUCUUAAUGUCGGUUUUCUUGCUUUGUUCGCCCAGUUCCUUACGUGAGGCCUGAACCACGCACCCUUGGUGUAUAAUCUACACCAGCAGCUGUUGCUAUAUUGCUUACAUUGUGUCUACUGACAAAGUAUUGCGUGUUCUAUAACAAGCUUUUACAGAUGUGUACAUUUUUGUGCGUAUCAUAACUAAUAUUGAAUGUUUUCCGAUAAACGGUAAUGAAGAUCGUUGUGGUUGAAAUGACAAAGGCAUGGGACAAAACUGUACAGUAGGGUGGGGUAAGAUGGGGCACCUUUAGAACAGUAUAUCCAAAUAUCCUGAUCGCGUUUUAAACAUUCAACAACAGUUAUGGCAGUCGUGAGGAUACGGUUUUACAAUUCUUAAAAAGUUCUUUGUUUACAACCGAGAAAAUAGAUUAAACAGGUGUCCCAUCUCCCCCCACUCUACUAUGUAUAACAAGGUAUAACUUCAUUUAUGUGAAUGCUGAGACUAUACACACUACACUACAGUUUACUACUGCAUACCAAAGUAACUACAUUACUUGGGUUAUCAUGAGCAUGAUUUAAUUGAGUAGAAAAUAUAAUAGCUAACAUUUUGA